AUGCCAAAUGUGGAGGGGUGUCAGAAAGGAGAGACGGUAAAAGGCUUGCAUGAAGCUAAACAGUAUCUCAAAAACUUUGGAUAUCUGAACGUCGAGAGUGGGAAUGAAAACCACGAUGAGUUUGAUGAUAUCUUAGAAUCUGCAAUCAAGACUUAUCAACUCAAUUAUAAUCUGGAGACUAGUGGAAUUUUAGACACUUCGACAGUGAAACAAAUGAAGAUGCCCAGGUGUAGUGUGCCUGACAUUGCAAAAGACGGCGCAACUUCCAUGAAAUCAGCAAAUGUUGACUCGGCAACCCUUCAAUCUGCCAGCAUACGAGCUCUCUCUUCAUGGUCAGCUGUGAGUAACUUCAGGUUUAGAGUACCAACAUCGUUUAGAGAAAUUAAUGACAUUAUGAUGCGAUUCCACAGGCUCGUUCAUGGUGGUGGUAAUCCUUUUGAUGGCCCUUUAGGAGUUCUCGGUCAUGCUUCUGGACCAGAUGGUGAAGAGGCUCAUCUGGAUGCAGACGAAAACUGGAGCUCUAAUCCUGACCAAAGCAUGAUUGAUUUAGAAUCAUUAUGUCUUCAUGAACUUGGGCAUGUUUUAGGGCUUGGUCAUAGCUCGGACACAAAUGCAGUUAUGUUUUCUGGCAUUGGAGGUGGACAACAAAAGAGGAAACCAACUACAGACGAUAUUAAUGCGAUAAGUGCAUUAUAUAGUUGA